AUGGCUGUGGAGAAUGGUGUUAAUCUUUUUGACAUUGCUGAUUCUUAUGGGACUGGAAGGUUUAAUGGCCAGCGCGAGAAACUCCUUGGGAAGUUCAUUCGAGAUUUUCGAGAGAAAAAAGGGAGCAGAAGUGAAAUUGUGAUUGCUACAAAAUUUGCUGCUUAUCCAUGGCGCCUUACACCAGGGCAGUUUGUGAAUGCUUGCAGGGCAUCACUAGAUAGGCUGCAGAUUGAGCAAAUUGGGAUAGGACAACUACAUUGGUCAACUGCAAAUUAUGCUCCUUUCCAGGAAUUAGCACUUUGGGAUGGUUUUUUGGCAAUGUAUGACAAGGAUUUAGUUCAAGCUGCUGGAGUUAGUAGUUAUGGACCGAAGUAG